AUGAGUGAUACCGAGACGAGGGAGCUCAAUCACUUUGUCGACCUGCUCGAGCACUGCCUGACGCUUAACCCGGAGAAGCGGAUCAAGCCCGCCGAUGCGCUGAAGCAUCCCUUUUUCACGUCAAGGGGUGCCCCUCUGAAGCGGUAG